AUGACUGUAGAUGAUGAAUCAUCGACUGCAACAGCGUCAGCUCGAGAUCCUAGGCUGAAGAUCGUGCGAAAGAAACGUUCAAAGAGCAUCUGGAUCUCCGAUUGCAAGAAACUAACUUCCGGCAAGCUAGCAAUUUCGCCAGAGCAGGCGCCGGAAUCUUCUGACUCUGCGUCUGAGAUAAUUAUGACUGAAGUUUCAUCAUGCUUGUCCAGUGGCUCCAGUUCUGUUUCCAGUGCUCAAAGCUGCACCAACGUUCUUAGAACUACUGACAAACCGAGGAAACCAGUUGGCUCAAAUCAUAUGGGACACCGAGCUGAGGCCAUACUUAGGGUUCUAUCUGUUGGGAGUGCUUCUGAAGUGAAGAUCCGUGAAUUGCUCGGUGACAGCCCUUCCACCAGCAAAGCAUUAAGAAUGUUGCUGAAGCUAGAGGAGGUAAAGAGGUUUGGCGCAGGAGGUCGUGGCAAUCCCUAUAUUUACAUGGUAGCAUGA